CAAGCCGGACCUUCCAGGCCUCACAAGGGCAGGAAGAGGAAGAAGGCUGCAGGAAAGGCAAAGGCACAGAGCACCCAGUUAGUGCCUCAACAGGCUGUGGCAAAGAAGCCGAAAGGUAGAUGCCAUAAAUGCAAUAAGUCAGGGCACUGGAAGGUCGAUUGUCCUCUCCUCAAGAAGGGCAAAGAAGGUAACUCUCAUACUUUCGUCGUAGAAACAUGUUUAGCGGUUGUAUCUACCAGUACCUGGUGUGUAGAUACUGGAGCCACUGAUCAUGUCUGCAAUUCUUUGCAGGGGUUUCAGGAAACCAGACGGCUUAGGCAUGGAGAGAUUACAGUCUACAUGGGCAAUGCUACGAAAGUGGCAGCA